AUGUCUCGCCACAGAAUAACAUUUUCUACCCUCUCUCUCUUUCUCUCUCUCUCUCUAUCUCUGUCUCCCUCUCUCUCUCUCUCUCUCCCUCUCUCCCCCUCUCUCUACCUCUCUCUCUAUUCCUCUCUUCCUCUCUCUCCCUCUCUCUUCCUCUCUCAUUCUCCCCCUCUCUCUCUCCCACUUUCUUUAUCUCUCUAUCUCUUUCUCCCUCUCUCUCUCCCUCUCUCUCCCCCUCUCUCCCUCUCUCUAUCUCUCUCUCUCCACUUCUCUCUCUCUCCCUCUCUCUUUCUCUCUCUCUCUCUCUUGUUAUAUUUUUUUUUUGAGUUUUUCACGUUGCAGAGGUUCAGGUCUAAUCAAUUUGCUACAGCUUUAUCUGAAGAUUUUUAUUUUCUCUACAAAUUCCUAUCUAUCUAUCUAUCUAUCUAUCUAUCUAUCUAUCUAUCUAUCUAUCUAUCUAUCUAUCUAUCUCAUUCUCUUCAUAUCUAUCUCUCUACAAGGCGAGAUAAGAAACCAUUAGAAUACAAAUGGCAGUCUCAUUUAAAAACAUUCCUAUCUAUCUAUCUAUCUAUCUAUCUAUCUAUCUAUCUAUCUAUCUACCUAUCUAUCGCAGUCUGUUCAUAUCUAUCUAUCUAUCUAUCUAUCUAUCCCAGUCUGUUCAUAUCUAUCUAUCUAUCUAUCUAUCUAUCUAUCUAUCUAUCUCAUUCUCUUCAUAUCUAUCUCUCUACAAGGCGAGAUAAGAAACCAUUAGAAUACAAAUAG